AUGGGUUGGGAAAAGCAGAUGGGUAUGGAAUGGACUGGGAACUUUCUCUUUUUUCUUUUCCUAUUCCAUCCUCUUUUUUUUCAUUUCAUCAUAGUUCUUUUUUUCAAAUUUGUAUUUAAUCUGAAGCUAUCUUCUUCUUUUUUUCCCCUUUUUUCUUUCAUCUUAAUUCUUCUUCGCAACAUUCCGUCUUAUCUGAAACCAUUUUCUUUCUUUCUUUUAUUCCCUCUUCUCUCACUAAUUCCAGUUUUCUUUCUUUUGCUUUCAUUCAUUCGUUCCUUCAUUCCUUCCUUCUUUUAUUCAUUAUUUCCUUCCUUCCUUCCUUUCAUUUCUUCCAUUAUUCCUUCCUUUAUUUAUUCUAACCUUUUUCCUUCUUUUAUUCCUUCCUUCUUUCAUCCCUUCCUUCCUUUAUUAAUUAUUUCCUUUCUUCUUUCCUUUAUUCAUUCCUUUCUUUAUUUUCUUCCUGUCUUCCUCCAUUCCUUCAUUCAUUCAUUCUUUCAUUCUUUUCUCCGAUCAUUCCUUCAUUCUUUCAUUCCUUCAUAUUUUUAUUCAUUCAUUCUUUCUUUCCUUCUUUCAUUCAUUUCUUCAUUCCAUUUACUUUCUGAUAAGUUUCUUAUUAAAUCUUCUUCUUUAUUUUUUCUUCUUUCCUACAUUCCUUACAUCUUUCCUUCUUCUUCACCCGACUUUCCUUUUCUUCCUACCCUCUUUUUAUUUCUAUUUUUUCCUUCCUUCUCUGUCUUUUUCCUUACCAUUUCCUCUUUUAUUUCCCUUCUUUAUUUAUUCUUAAGUCUUAGAUGUUUACUUUUUCUUCCGACUUGCAGUCUUUCUUUCCCUUUCUACCGUCUUCUUUUCUUCUUUUUUUUCUUUUUGAAUUCUUCUUUGUCUCCUUCCCUCUCUUUCUUACUUUUUUCUUUUUACUUUUGCCCGUUAAUUCCUUCCUUUCCUCCUCUUUUUAUAUUUUCUUUUUUUUUACUCUUCUUUCCUGUUUUGUUUUUCAUUAUUUCUAUUGAUUUUUCUUCUAAUCUAAAAGUUUUUUUUCUCUCUUUAUCGCUUAGUUUUCUUUUAUAUCCUUUUUUUUUUCUCCAGUCUCUUGCUCAUCAUGUUUCUUUAUAUUUAUUCUUGUGUUUGUUUUUCUUCUGGUUCCGAUGA